UCAUACAUCGCGUUUCUACUCAGCGACCACUCGAGGGGUGAUGGUGCUGCGUCGGUCGAUUCGUAGGGUGCAUUUGGAGAAGCACGUCACAGAAAGAGAAAAGAGAAAAAAAGUGAGUCUGCAAUUCCUAGUACCAGAUGUACAAAAUGGAGGAGAUGUGGCCGACUGUGCAGGAGGCACUUCAGAGAGGUUAUCGAUAUGAAGAGGUGGUUUCAAAAACAAUGGGUAUUGACGGGAAAGGGGAAAAUCCCUCACUACAUAAGAGCCUCUUCUUCAUGAAUGUCAUGGAUGAAGAAAGUGUGGAUAUUAAGGAAAAAGACUGGGAAUGGCGAUCAGUUGACCAUCAGCUGGUGAGUCUUGGCAUUAAGAAGGAGGUUUGUGAAUGGGAAUCUGAGCACUCUGGUGUUAAAGAAGAAGAUUUUAAUUCAGGGGCAGUAAAUGUUAAAGAAGACUCUGAGCCCAUAUUUCAUACCUCUGAUUUACACAAAAAUGAAAUUGUAAAUGGAGUUAAGGAAGACGAUGUUAAAUCGGAGCCGGGCUCUCCAUAUCUGUGUCCAUGUGAAGAUGUGCCUGUGUCAGGCCUCACACUGAGUGGGCACCAUUCCCUAGAGAUUUAUUCUGUCCGUGUGAAGUCUGAAUCUUUGGAGUCUUGCCUGAAGAGGCCUGAGGUGGCAUCCUGUUCAAGUCGGGCAGAAGAAGGUAACCAAGAGAGUGCCAAUCUUUCCAUGUCUUCAUUUAUUCAGUACCCACCUCAGCAGAUACAACCAAAUGAAAAUAUGAAGAUACUGACAUCUGGCUCAGAAUAUUUGACCCCGGCCACUUUACAGCACAAUUAUCAGACUGUUAUGAAGCUAGCAAGAACAAACCCAAUCAACACUCAACCACAGGAAAAUACAACUUCAAUAGGUUUGUAUAUCAGCUUAGAUGGGGCGAUGUCUUUUAAAUGCACAGAGAAGUGGAGUGAUAUGAAUCAGAAACCAUAUUUCUGUUCUGAAUGUGGAAAACAUUUCUCCAACAAAACCCAUCUUCGUACCCAUGAAAGAGUUCACACUGGAGAAAAGCCAUAUUGCUGUCCUGAAUGUGGAAAACGUUUCUCUCAAAUUAGCAAUCUUCAUACCCAUAAAAGAGUUCACACUGGAGAGAAGCCAUAUUGCUGUUCCCAAUGUGGCAAACACUUCUCACAAGUAAGCCACCUCUACACACACAGAAGAAUUCACACUAAUGAGAAGCCAUAUAGCUGUUCUGACUGUGGAAAACAGUUCUCCAAAAAUAGCGACCUAAAAAUCCACAGAAGGAUUCACGCUGGAGAAAAGCCAUAUUGCUGUUCCCAGUGUGGCAAACGGUUCUCACAACGAAGUCAUCUUCGUGCACACAUAAGAAUUCACACUAGAGAGAAGCCUUAUCGCUGUUGUGACUGUGGCAAACAAUUUUCACAAGUAGGCCAUCUCCAGACGCAUACAAGAUUUCACACUCGAGAGAAACAUCAUACUAGAGAGAAGCCAUUUUGUUGUUUCAAUUGUAAUAAGCGAUUUUCAACCACUGACCUGCUUCGAAUCCACUCAAGAAUUCACACAGGGGAGAAGCCAUAUUGCUGUUCUGAAUGUGGAAAACGUUUCUUUCAAAACAGCAACCUUCAUGUCCACAAAAGAGUCCACACUCGGGAGAAACCAUAUUGCUGCAUGGAAUGCGGCAAACAGUUCUCACAAAUAGGCAAUCUUCAGAAACACAUGAAAAUUCACAAGGGUCAUGAGCUGUAUUGCUGUUCUGAAUGUGGAAAACGAUUGAGAACCAAAAGCAGUCUUCAGAUUCACUCAAGAAUUCACACUGGAGAGAAGCCAUAUUGCUGUUCUGAUUGCAGAAAACAAUUUACCACCAGCAGUAAUCUUCAGAUCCACAAAAGAAUUCACACAAGGGAGAAGCCUUAUUCCUGUUCUGAAUGUGGCAAACAAUUCUCCAAGAAAGGAAAUCUUCAGACCCACAAAAGAAUCCAUACUGGAGAGAAGCCAUAUGACUGUCCUGAAUGUGGAAAACAAUUUUCCUCCAGUAAUGAGCUUCAUAAACACUUGAAUAUUCACACAGGAGAGAAGGCGUAUUGUUGUUCUGAAUGUGGCAAACGAUUUUCCACUAGUAGCAGUGUUCAGAUGCACAAAAGAAUUCACACUGGAGAGAAGCCAUAUUGCUGCCCUGAUUGUGGCAAACAAUUCUCCAGAUAUAGCAGCCUUCAAAUACACAAAAAAGUUCAUAGUGCAGAGAACCCGUAUUGCUGUUCUCAAUGUGGUAAGAAAUUCUGCAGCAGUAGCAGUCUUAAGAGCCACAUAAUUAUUCACACAGGAGAUAAACCAUAUAGCUGUUCUGAAUGUGGAAAAAGAUUCUUUACAAGCAGCCAUCUUCAGAUCCAUAGAAGAAUUCAUACAGGAGAGAAGCCAUAUUCUUGUUCUGAUUGUGGCAAACAAUUCUCCCACAGUAGCAAUUUUAAGAUCCACAAAAGUAUACAUACUGGAGAAAAGCCAUAUAGCUGUUCUGAAUGUGGCAAAAGGUUCUUUACAAGUAGCCAUCUCCAGGUCCAUACAAGAAUCCAUACAGGAGAGAAGCCAUAUUCGUGUUCUAAUUGUAGCAAACAGUUCUCCAGUAGUAGCAAUCUUAAGAUCCACACAAGGAUUCACACUGGAGAGAAGCCAUAUCGUUGUUCUGAAUGUGGCAAACAAUUCCCCAGAAAGCGCAAUCUUCAGGCCCAUGCAAGAAUUCACACUGGAGAGAAGCCAUACUGUUGUUCUGAAUGUGAUAGAAGAUUCUCCAGCAGUACUGGCCUUCAGAUCCACCUAAGAAUUCACACUGGAGAGAAGCCAUUUUGUUGUUCUCACUGUGGAAAACGAUUCACAACCAAAAGCACACUUCAUACCCACACAAGAAUUCACACUGGAGAGAAGCCAUAUUCCUGUUCUGACUGUGGGCAGCAAUUCACCACUAAAAGCAAUCUUCAGAUACACACAAGAAUUCACACUGGAGAAAAGCCAUAUUGUUGUUCUGAAUGUGGCAAACGAUUCUCCAUGAAUAGUAGCCUUCAUAUACACAUACGAAUUCACACUAGAGACAACCCAUAUUGCUGUGCUGAGUGUGGCAAACAAUUCACCAACAGUAGCAAUCUUCAGAUGCACAAACGAAGUCACACAGGAGAGAAACCAUAUUGCUGUUGUGAAUGUGGCAAACAAUUCUCCAGGAAUAACAGUCUUCAGAUGCACAAAAGAGUUCACAAUGGAGAAAACCCUUAUUGCUGUUCCGACUGUGGCAAACGAUUCUCCAAAAACAGCAAUCUUAAGACCCACAGAAGAAUUCACACUGGUGAGAAGCCAUAUUGCUGUACUGAAUGUGGGAAAUGGUUCUCCAAGAAUGGCAAUCUUCAGACACACAUAAGAACUCACACUGGGGAGAAGCCAUUUUCGUGUUCUGACUGUGGAAAACAAUUCACAACCAAAAGCACACUUCAUUCCCACAGAAGAAUACACAUGGGAGAAAAGCUAUUUUACUGUUCUGACUGUGGACAACAAUUCACCACCAAAAGCAAUUUUCAGAAUGACAAAAGAAUUAUACACGCAAAGACACAAUAAAGUUACCAGACUGCUGCACUGGAAAAUAUGCAAAAAGUACAACUUGCCAGUACUACAGAUGCACUGAGACCACACUCCAGAAUGACUAACCAAAAAUUAGUAGACUUAGUUAGUCACUUGGAACAGACCAAUAUCAACAGACAGAAAGACGGAUGCCAGGAAACCAGACAUAGUUGUCAGGGAAAAACAGUCUGAUAAAGAAAAGUUUCAGUCCCAAUUGAUUACUCCGUACUCAGAAUGGAGAGACAAAAAAAAAAAAAAAGUAAAUAACCAAGUAUCAAGAAAUGCAAUCUGAGAUGAGCCUGAUGUUGAAUUAAACCACUGAGAUUUUACCAGUGGUGCUGGGAUCAACAGGCUUUAUCAAAAAAAAAAAAUCUAGGCCCAUCUGGAUGCUUUUCCAAUUACCAUCACUCCAUACGAAUUACAGAAAGAAGCACAAUUAGGAACAAUGCAAAAACUAUGCCAAGCCCUGGCAACAAACCUAUGAUAAUAUAAACAGUGGCAGUGCAAAAAUCACUCCAGAAAACCAACACACUUCAGGACUCAAGAGUAAAGUUUGCUUAUUUUUCAGGACAGGAGUAAACUAAGCUAUUGUUGAGAAAUUAAUCCCUGAGAGAAAGAAGCCCUGAGGAGUAUGUCAGAGAGGGGAAGAAGUAGAAGAAAGAUAGGUGGGAGAAAGGAAUCAAAAAAUCAACUUUCUAAUUACUCAAGUCUUAAUGAGUACCUUCACUUGGUGAGCUUCAUUGUACAAGAUCUAUACCAAACCUCAUCAAGGCAAAACAACUAUUGUAGUAUGAAAAGGAACCAUACUGGCCACAAGUCUCCCAGGAUAAACAGGUGCUCAACACCUGCCUCUGCACUAGGGUAGGUAAUGGUGCUAGUGAUAGUGCAAAAAGGAGAAGACAAAAAGAACUUCAAUUGUGGUGUCAGUCCAGAUGGACAGUGUUGCCGGGACCCCCACAGUGGAACAGAACAGACCACAAAAAAGUAGCUUGAGCAAGAAAUGAAGAGUCCAAUGGACUUGAAGGUAAAGAAGAGAUCAUGUACUGCUACUUUUAUGCAACAAAUCCAGAAUUUCCAACUAAAGGAUAUGCCAGGAGGUCUUGUACAAAGCUGGAAUCCUGGAAAGUACUAUCGAUUACCAAACUAGAUAAGGUAACUGAUGAGAGAAAAUAAGCCAAGAGAAAUUAGAAUACUUACAAAGCGCAGCAAAAGAAAAAUUAAUACAGGAAGAAAGGCAAAACCCAUGGGGCAUGAGAAUAGAAUGGGAAAAGACCUGGGUAGAAAAAAAGAGGAGGGACCUCAUAUGAUGUGGCAUUUCUUAACUUAUUUACUACUUACUACUUGCCUACCUAUUUAUGUAUUUAUUUUUUGAAAGAGCUGCUGUAAAAAGCCAAAUACACCCCUGGGCACAAAUAAAGUUCUGUCUCCCCCGGGAUGUGGGAAGAGCUCUUUUGGAGGUAGGAGUUGAAAGUCUUCUGGACAGGGGCCUCCCCCAGACAUUCCCAGUCAACCCUCACUACUUACUUGGGCUUUCCAGGUCUGUCCAGGUGCCUCUCCUACCAUCUAACCCAACUCACCACCAGGUGGUGAUCAGUUGACAUCACUGCCCCUCUAUUCACCCAAGUGUCCAGAACAUACGGCCACAAAUCUGGUGAUAAGAUUAUAAAAUAGAUCAUAGAUCCUUGGCCUAAGGUGCUCUGGUACCAAGUAUACUUAUAAGCCACCUUAUGUUUGAACAUGGUGUUCGUUAAGGACAAACCACGCCUAGCACACAAGUCCAAUAACAAAACACCACACAGUUUUAGAUUAGGGAGAGCUGUUCCUCCCAAUCACACCUCUCCAGGUGUCUCCAUCGCUAUCCACAUGGGUGUUAAGCCCGUGUAAAAAUAUGGAUUUUCCAGUUAAUUGUUAUUUUUCAUUUGAAUGAUUAGAUAGCAGUUCUUAAAGUCUCAAGAUCGAUCUUAUGAAUCUCUAUCCUGCUCAGUUGCUAUAUGCAGUUUUUUGUUUAUCUUCAUUUUUGGCAUCUGACCCAGAAGAUGUCGUCAAUGCGCCU